CUCUCCGUAUUUGUAAUCGUAUAGAUAUUGUAAUUGGUAGUCCGUUAGCCUUAGGAGUAUUCGGAUUAAUUCUUAACCUUUUCAUCCAAAUCGAAUUUAAUGAAAAUUUUAGAGAUUUUUGGUAUAAAGUUUUACCUAACGAUGAUCAAGCGGAUGUUGAUCGUUUAAUAAAAACUUCAUUCACAAAAUUUGAAUUCUAUGAUGCUAAAAAUUCUCCUUACUGGAUGAGUCCAUCUUAUGAACGUGAUGUAUUCAGAGUAAAUCUUUAUAGGUGGGUGUAUAAUCUUGGUGAUCCUUACGAAUUUUUUGACAAAUUCUGGGAA